GUGUUGCUAUUUAAAGAAUCUACCGUACAAUGAUACUCGAUAGGCCUUGUUAAAAAUAAAAUAUUCCGCGUAUGCGCAUAAAAUAAUGCGUCUUAAAUUAUAAAUCGGUAGAUUUAAUUUAGCAAGGGUUAUUUUGAGUAUUACGUUUUGGCCUUCAUGAAGUAGUCAGUAUAUAUUGAGUGAGAAAUUUUUCAGAAACACACAGUUCGUAAACUCACAGUUGCAAGUGGUCCGCAGUACAACAAAAUGCAUUGUUACAUAUUGUUUGCUUUGAUCGCGGUCGCGGCGGCGUCUUCCGACGUCAUCUAUGAUGGACCCUGUCCGUCAAUCAGACCUCAACAGAACUUCGAUUUUGCAUCUUACCAAGGAACAUGGUACGAAUUAGCGCGUUACCCCAACGCGGGAGAAGAGGGUACCAAGGGAAAGUGCACGAUUGCUGAAUAUUUUGUUCACGGUUACGACGCUGGAAGGGUAAAGAACAGUCACGUUAUCGACGGCGUGCGAUCAUUCAUUGAAGGUGAUUUGACGCUCGUGGGACCUGCGCGUAUCAGGCUGACUUAUACCUUUGAUGGGCUAUCGAAGUAUUCCUACCUUACUGUUUUGGACACCGACUACACAAACUACGCUAUCGGUUACAGCUGCAAAUAUUUCCCCGACGGCAACAACCAUCAAGUAUUCUCAUGGAUUAAGUCAAGAAGCCCAACUAUGGAUGAACACUCAAGGGCUAUUGUCGAUGACUAUCUGAGGAAAUCAACAAUCCUUGACGCGAAUAAAUAUGUCGCCAACGACUUUUCAACAGCCGCUUGCCAAACGUAUAUCUUUAGGUCAAUCACUGAAUUCCUUAAAGAUAAUUAAAAUAUUUAAUAUUACCUUAGAAGGAGAAUUCUAAAGUUACUCCUAAAGUGAAAUUUUCAUAUGAAAAACACUAAACGUUAAAUAUUAAUAAAUUGUAAAUUAAUA